AUGUCAAGAGAACCUGAUCAUGUCCGCAGAGUGUUCAGCGUAGACGAUGAUCCUCAUGAAGUUGAAAAUGAUGUCCGAUAUUUAGAAGGUCUUCAUGAUGGUCUUAAAUAUGCCCUACAAAAUAAAUCAAUUACACCACAAUCUCCAGCAGUUGAAAUAACUUCACAAUCAAAGAAUAGUUCUGCUCCUGAUUUACUGUCUCCUGCCAUUUCAAAUCAUUCACAACAUUUGAAAUUGAAAAAAAAAUUAAUCAUCAAAUAUAACUACAACCACCUCACCGCCCAUUCACCAACAACAAUAACAACAAGGCCUUCUAAUUUCUUGAAAAAAAAGAAUUCUUCAAGAUUAUCUACUUUGAAUUCUCCCAAGAUAAGAUCAAACAAUACAGUGGGAGCUGAUUAUUUCACCAAUAAACAUAAUCAUAUCCAUGAUCACACCGAUUUCUCGGAAGAAUCGCGAGAUAGAUUCAUAAUACAUAAUCCCCCACAUAAUAACACUGGUCAUGAUUUACUAAUAGAAGAACUAGACCCUGCUGACGCCUACAAUCCAGAUAAUGAUAACAAUAACGACGACAUGGAUGAAGAUAUUGAAGAUCGAAUCUCUAUGGCAUCAUCAUUGGAAUCAUUCACACUGAGAGAAAGACAAGACGCUAUAAAUAAGACACAUCCAUUCGGUAUAAGAAUAUGGAAACCUGCCUUAUACAAGAAAAAAAGAUCGGUACAAAAAGCUGCAGAUGAAGAUAUCCAUGAAACUCAAUUAAAAAUGAUCACUUGGCCUGUUCACAUCUCAAAUAUAAUAUGGUCAUUUACAGUGGGGCUCUUUCUCGCGUCUUUAUUUUCCUUAGGUGGUAUAAUAGUCGCCAUCUUGGGGCUGUUUACUAAAUCCGCUAGAGAGUAUUCUAUUGUAUGUUUCAGAUUGGCUAGAUACCUGUUUUUGCCAUUUGGUAAAGUUGUUUAUUUAAUAGCUGAUGAACAUUAUUUAGAGGAGGAUAAUCAAGAAGGUAUUAGUGUUAACCAAUUUUAUAAAUGGGUGACUUCUUAUAGUAAUAGAUUAUUUUUCCAUGAAUCACAAGCAAAUAACAAUUCAUUAAAUGAUAACACUCAUCCAUCGUAUGGGUCAAUACAUAAUUUCAUGACACAUCAAAGUAAAAGGUUGCCUACACUGCCUGCUAGGGCUGGUGAUAGACAAUCUUCUUCUUCUUCAACUCCAAUGAUACCACAUGCAAACAGCCAGGUUACAACAAAUCUACCAGCGCCAUUACCAAAUAAUCCAGAAAGUCAAAAUCAAAUAAAUUCUACGUCAUCUCAAAGAAGAUUCUUCGGUAGAGGUAAAUGGACCUGCGGUAGGUUGAUUUUUUACUUUUGUUUCCAUCUAUUCUUACAACCAUUUGUCCUAAUAUUCGCAUUAUUAUCUUGGUUAUUUGUCUUCACAAUACCCAUGAGUAAUAUCCUUUGGAAUUUAAUGUAUCAUUGUAGGAAACAUCCAUUAGCAUUAGGUUUUAAAAAUAUCAAAAAUUCAAACGCCAACAGCAACCCGAUUAUUAAAAUAUACAAUAAUGGCAGCAGUGAUGAUUCAUUGGCAAAUAAUAAAAGUAUAUUACUUUGUACAUUUCGUUGUGCAGGCUGGCAUUAUUAUAAAUUUACUGUAGAUGGUACAAACAUCAUCGUCGUUAAUUUAAUUGCGAUAGUUUUUUUUACAAUCUUUGAUUUCUACUUAUUAAAAAAUUCAUGGCACUUUAGAUUCUGGUUUACUGAUGAAUCUACCAUUUUCAUGUUAUGUUUAACUUCAAUCAUCCCAUUAGCAUUUUAUAUAGGACAAGCUGUGGCAUCCAUUUCUGCUCAAACUUCAAUGGGUGUUGGUGCUGUAAUUAAUGCAUUUUUCUCUACAAUAGUUGAAAUCUUCCUUUAUUGUGUCGCUUUACAACAAAGAAAGGGUCCAUUAGUGGAAGGUUCCAUGAUAGGUUCUAUCCUCGGUGCUGUCCUAUUAUUACCAGGUUUAUCAAUGUGUGGUGGUGCAUGGAAUAGGAAAACUCAAAGGUAUAAUCCUGCAAGUGCAGGUGUCUCCUCAGCAUUAUUGAUAUUCUCAAUGCUAGUAAUGUUUGUACCAACAAUAUUGUAUGACGUUUAUGGCGGUUAUAUUGUUAAAUGUGAAGAUGGAUUCGAACAACCCAUAUCAUUGAAAACUGUUAUGAUGCCCUUAGCUACCUCAUCAAAUUGUUCGUUCUAUCAUCCACCAUUAGAAUUUGAUAGAAUGUAUACAAAUGUCAUCCAACCGAUGUCUGUCUCCUGUGCAAUCGUAUUAUUCUUAGCAUACACUAUUGGAUUAUGGUUUACUUUGAGAACGCAUGCAGCUAUGAUUUGGCAUCUACCAAUUUCGGACCCACAAAAGGAAACGCCCAUUAACGUGGGUAUUAAUUCGGAACAAAAUUCCAUCUUAUUACAACAUCCUAAUGAAAUAGCAGCCCAUACAGAACCCAACUCAGGCGGGCAUGACGCACCGAAUUGGUCAAGAACCAAAUCUACUUGGAUCUUAUUAGUAGCAACAUUAUUAUAUGCAGUUAUUGCAGAGAUAUUAGUGGCUUGUGUUGAUUCUGUAUUGGAAGAUUUCCCAUCUUUAAACCCUAAAUUUUUAGGUUUGACCAUAUUUGCUUUAGUUCCUAACACAACCGAGUUUUUAAAUGCUAUAUCAUUCGCCAUACACGGGAACGUCGCAUUAUCAAUGGAAAUAGGUAGCGCAUAUGCAUUACAGGUUUGUUUGUUACAAAUCCCUGCAUUAGUCAUAUAUUCUAUUUGGUAUACGUGGAGUUGGGAUCGUUCUAUGAUUAACAUCAGAGAGCAAAUGUUUUCAAUGAUAUUCCCAAGGUGGGAUUUGAUUGCUUCUAUGGGGAGUGUUUUUUUAUUCACGUACUUGUAUGCGGAAGGGAAAUCGAAUUAUUUUAAAGGGUCGAUGUUGAUUCUUUUAUAUGUUAUCGUGAUUUUAGGCUUCUUCUUCCAAGAUGUUUUAACUAACUGGAAAUGGGAAUGA